UUCAUGCUGGAACACGCAGAGGAACAUGUGGAGGAACACAGUGGAGAACAGGGCAGGGUCUCCAUCACCUGGAGCAGCAGAUCUAAGACGGAGGAAGAGGAGCAGCGUUUUUGAGGAGGAGCUGCUGAACUGCUGCACUUUAUGCCAGAACCUCCUGAUGGAUCCAGUCUCUACCAGCUGUGGACACCGGUUCUGCAGACAGUGCAUUGGGUCCUACAGGGUCCAGCCUGCUCCAUCAGGAACCUUCUCCUGCCCCCAGUGUGGGAAAAGAGCCAGAACCAUGGCUGGACCGCUGACAGCCAAUCAGAGCAGCUGUGCAGCAGCAGAUGUUGGUCUGCAGAAGGUUCUAGAGGAACAUAAGAUCAAUCUGAGGAGGAGAUACGAACAGGUGGCUGAAGGAAGUGAUGUAACAGGAAGUAGAACCCUCCACAUCAGGAUCUACACUGAUCUCUACAUCACAGAGGGGCAGAGUGAAGAGGUUAAUUCACAUCAUGAGGUGCUGCAGUUCGAGAGAGCUUCUAAGAUCCAGAACCUCCAUGGUUCUCCAAUCAGGUGCCAUGACAUCUUUAAAGCUGUCCCUGACCAACAUGGAGCCAUCAGAGUGGUUCUGACCAACGGCGUCGCUGGUGCUGGAAAAACCUUCUCAGUGCAGAAGUUCACUCUGGACUGGGCAGAGGGCUUGGAGAACCAAGAUGUCAGUGUGGUGGUUCUGCUUUCCUUCAGGGAGCUGAACCUGAUCAGAGAUCAGCAAAAUCAGUCUACUGCUUUGUUCAUCUGA